GGGCAGAGCCAUCUGUCGGCGUCCUCAUAAGCCCGACGAGCGUGACGUCAGCGCCCUUCCGCCGCCAGUCGGUCCUUUUCGGCGUUUCCAGCACACGCCUCCACUGUGUCGUUUACUGAGUGGACUUUUACCAACAAACAUCCAAGAUGGUGAACUUCACAGUGGAAGAAAUCCGUGAGUUGAUGGACAAGCGGAGGAACAUCCGUAACAUGUCCGUCAUUGCUCACGUUGACCACGGAAAAUCUACCCUGACCGACUCCCUUGUAUCGAAGGCGGGUAUUAUUGCUUCGUCUCGUGCAGGAGAAACUCGCUUUACUGAUACCAGAAAAGAUGAACAGGAGCGAUGCAUUACCAUCAAGUCUACUGCCAUCUCUAUGUACUUCAAGCUGAGUGACGAGAACCUCGCCCUCAUUACCAGCCCUGACCAGAAGGAAGCUGGGGAAAGUGGUUUCCUUGUCAACCUUAUUGAUUCCCCUGGUCACGUUGAUUUCUCCUCUGAGGUAACAGCUGCCCUCCGUGUAACUGAUGGUGCCCUCGUCGUGGUGGAUUGCGUCUCUGGUGUGUGUGUGCAGACCGAGACUGUGCUGCGUCAGGCUAUUGCUGAGCGCAUCAAGCCAGUUCUGUUCAUGAACAAGAUGGACCGUGCUCUCCUUGAAUUGCAGCUUGAGCAGGAGGAAUUGUACCAGACAUUCCAGCGUAUUGUUGAGAACGUGAACGUCAUCAUUGCCACCUACAACGACGACACAGGCCCCAUGGGUGAGAUGCGUGUCGACCCCAGCAAGGGAUCUGUUGGAUUUGGUUCCGGACUCCACGGAUGGGCCUUCUCUGUCAAGGAAUUUGCUGACAUCUACUCAAGCAUGUUCAAGGUUCCUGCUGCCAAGCUCAUGAACAAGCUCUGGGGCGAGAACUUCUUCAACAAGAAGACCAAGAAGUGGUCCACGAACAAGAGCACUGACAACGAGCGUGCCUUCAAUACAUACAUCUUGGACCCCAUUUUCAAGCUCUUCGAUGCCAUCAUGAACUUCAAGAAAGAGGAAACUGCCAAGCUGUUGGAGACCCUCAAGAUCAAGCUCCAAGUAGAAGACAGGGAGAAGGAAGGAAAGGCCCUCCUCAAGGUUGUUAUGCGUACUUGGCUCCCUGCUGGAGACACCCUCUUCCACAUGAUCACCAUUCACCUCCCAUCCCCUGUGACUGCCCAGAAAUACCGUGCUGAGAUGCUGUACGAAGGUCCUUCUGAUGACCUUGCUUGCACUGGCAUCAAGAACUGCGACUCUGAUGCUCCUCUUAUGAUGUACGUGUCAAAGAUGGUACCGACAUCUGACAAGGGUCGCUUCUACGCCUUUGGUCGUGUCUUUGCCGGCAAGGUUGGCAGCGGUCAGAAGGUCCGCAUCAUGGGUCCCAACUACGUCCCAGGAAAGAAGGAAGAUCUCUUCGAGAAGGCCAUCCAGAGAACUAUUCUUAUGAUGGGUCGCUUUGUUGAAGCUAUUGAGGAUGUCCCUGCCGGUAACAUCUGUGGUCUCGUUGGUGUUGACCAGUACCUUGUCAAGACUGGUACCAUCACCACCAGCAAGGACUCCCACAACAUGAAGGUGAUGAAGUUCAGCGUGUCGCCUGUCGUGCGUGUGGCUGUCGAACCCAAGAACCCCUCUGACUUACCCAAGCUUGUGGAAGGUCUCAAACGUCUCUCCAAGUCUGACCCCAUGGUGCAGUGUAUUAUUGAGGAAUCUGGUGAGCACAUCAUUGCUGGAGCUGGUGAGCUGCAUCUUGAGAUUUGUCUGAAGGAUCUGGAAGAAGACCAUGCUUGCAUUCCUCUCAAGAAGACCGACCCAGUCGUAUCCUACAGGGAGACGGUUAGUGCUCCAUCAGUUGAGCUUUGCCUGUCCAAGUCCCCCAACAAGCACAACCGUCUGUACAUGAGGGCCGUGCCUAUGCCUGAUGGACUUGCUGAUGACAUUGAGGCUGGUAAGGUUACUCCCCGUGAUGACCCCAAGACCAGGAAGUCUUACCUGUGCGAGCACUACGAGUUCGAUGCCACUGAUGCCAUGAAGAUCUGGACUUUCGGCCCUGAAUCUACUGGAGGCAACAUCUUGGUUGAUGUAACUAAGGGAGUGCAGUACCUUAAUGAAAUCAAGGAUUCCUGCGUUGCUGGCUUCCAGUGGGCAACCAAGGAAGGUGUCCUUUGCGACGAGAACAUGCGUAGCGUCCGUUUCAACCUCCAUGAUGUAACCCUCCAUGCUGAUGCUAUCCAUCGUGGUGGCGGCCAGAUCAUUCCCACCACCCGACGUGUGCUGUACGCUAGUGUCCUCACAGCUGAGCCCCGUCUUCAGGAGCCAGUAUACCUCUGCGAGAUCCAGUGUCCUGAGGCUGCCGUCGGCGGUAUCUAUGGUGUACUCAACAGGCGUCGUGGUGUUGUGUUCGAGGAGAACCAGGUUGCUGGUACCCCUAUGUUCGUUGUCAAAGCUCAUCUUCCUGUCAACGAGUCGUUCGGCUUCACUGCAGAUCUUCGCUCCAACACCGGUGGACAGGCCUUCCCACAGUGCGUGUUCGAUCACUGGCAAGAGAUGCCCGGCAAUCCCAUGGACACCACCGGCAGCAGCAAACCCUACACCAUCGUUUGCGAUACGAGGAAGAGGAAGGGCCUGAAAGAAGGCCUUCCCGAUUUAGCCAACUACCUGGACAAGCUGUAAUCACAAUAUUCACAUACCAUAGAUAUAUAAUCCUAAGGUUUUAUUUACUAUAUAUGUUACGGUGAUUACAAUAAAGUGGAAGGGAGUCGCA